CUGUGGCUUUGCUCUUCUGCUCUGCGUCACUCGACGCAGAGCACCGGCGAGCGCGAGAAAAGAUCACAUGGCCUUGCGCCAUUCGACUCCCGCUACCUCUACGGUGACCACCGGCCACCACGCCCGUAGCGCCGCCGCCGUCCUCCGAUGGCCAACGACCGGUUCUGGUAGCCGGUUCCGGUUGCGCGCGCGGAAGCCGUCAGCCGGAUCCCCUGCAGCGGGAGCAGAUACCGAGACGUCCUCCCGCUCGGAGAACGCCGUCCUCAAGGCCGCAUGGUACGGCUCCGAGCUCCUCGGCAUCGCGGCGUCGCUGCUCCGGCCUGCGCCGUCGUCUACGGAGGGGGAGGCUGGCGGUGAUGCAGAGGGAGGCGCGGCGGGGGCCCUGGACCGCGCGGGAGUGGUCGAGGCCAUCAAGGAGGACUUCGCGCGGUCCUACUUCGUCACAGGGAAUCUCACGCUGAGAGCUUACGAGGAGGACUGCGAGUUCGCCGACCCGGCGGGUUCGUUCAGAGGCCUGCAGCGCUUCAAACGGAACUGCACCAACUUUGGGUCUCUGCUGGAGAAGUCGAACAUGAAGCUCACCAAAUGGGAGGACCUGCAGGACAAAUCAUCAAUUGGGCACUGGCGUUUCAGCUGCGUCAUGUCAUUCCCGUGGAGGCCUAUUCUAUCAGCAACCGGAUACACUGAAUACUACUUUGACGCUGAAUCAGGGAAGGUGUGCAGGCAUGUCGAGAAUUGGAACGUUCCCAAGAUGGCGCUCCUGCGGCAGAUUUUCAGGCGAAGCCGAUGGGUCUGGGAGAAGCGCUAGCUAAAGGCAUUCAUCUAGGCAAGAAUCGCAGCAGUAUGUUUAUAUUCCAAAUGUAUCUUACCUACGUAGAGUUGUAUAAGUUGUAACAUACCUUAGGGAUCACAUCACAUGUGCCAAAAUAGAAAACUGAACUUAAGACAAGGGCCGACAUGGACCGAGAGGAAAUUUAGGCCCAUCUCGGUCCGUAUUCCAGAAACUUCCGACCAUGUUUGUUCAUGGGCCUGGCCCAUUAUACAAAGACGGGGCCUUCUAGGGUUUCUUGUAUCGACGUCUUUAUAAGCUGAAGCUCUGGAGCGGAGAGGGCUGGGCAUUGCGGCGUUGGCUCCGGACUGCAAUGGCGGCUGCAUCUCCUCUGUUCCAUCUCGAGCCGUUUAAACGGCAUAUUCAUCUGAUGCUCAAUUUCUUUGUUUUAUCUGAUUUUCUUUUGGCAGUUUCUGCGAUUCGUUUGGUUGCCUCUCUAUGUGCAAUGGUACUGGUCAGAUGAUGAGAGAAUAACUGCAACAAUAUGAUCCAUGAUCUGAUUCUUAGUAUUUAAGUCUCUGAUGACCUAUUUCCUGCC